AUGGAUAAUACCAGGCAAACAGCUCGCAAAUCGACAGGUGGCAGCUUAGCCAGAAAUCACGUGAUUAACAAAAGAACAGCCCGAAAGAGCACUGCACAACAACAUUCUCAAACGCCUAACAAACGUCCUAAGCAAACUCAGCAGUAUGGUAGAGGAUUACGUCAUCUCUAUCGUCCUGGUACUGUUGCCAUGAGAAACAUACGACGUUAUCAAAAUUCGACAAGGCUACUUAUCCCUAAAUUACCUUUCCAACGUCUUGUUCGUGAUAUCGCCAAAGAAUUUAAGCUCAAUUUGGCGUUCCAGAGUGCAGCUCUCGGGGCUUUGCACGAGGCAAGUGAGGCUUUCUUAGUGGGUCUUUUCGAAGACACCAACUUAUGUGCAACUCAUGCUCGCCGAGUGACCAUCAUGCCCAGAGAUAUCCAAUUAGCCCGCCGAAUUCGUGGUGAAAGAUAG